CACUAGGCCUGGCCAUGGAGGGUUUCACGGUGGCCCUCCUCAUCUGGACUCUGAUUUCUCCCACCAGCAGCAGCAACAGCAAAGCCUGGCCCACACACACGGUCUGCCGGGAAGGGAACUUGGAAGUGUUCUACCAGAGUUGUGAUCCGUUACAAGAUUUUGGCUUUUCCGCUGACCAGUGUUCUAAACAUUUAAAGCCAAAACUCAACAUUAGAUUUGGAAUGAUCCUAAGAGAGGACAUCAAAGAGCUGUUUCUUGACGUAGCUCUCUUCACUAAAGGAUCAUCCAUUCUGAAUUUCUCCUAUCCCAUCUGUGAAGAGGAUCUACCCAAGUUUUCUUUCUGCGGAAGAAGGAAAGGGGAACAGAUCUAUUAUGCCGGUCCCAUCAAUAAUCCUGGACUUGAAAUUUUCGAGGGAGAAUACCAGGUUUUGCUGGAACUGUAUAAUGAAAACCGCUCCACUGUGGCCUGUGCCAAUGCCACCGUCAUUUGCUCCUGAACAGCUGAAACUUGGGGCACCCUGUGUCUGGUGGGAACCGAGAGCUGCUCCAGCUGAACCUGCUCUGUAAGAAAAACCAGGUGAUCACAGAGAGGCUCACCAGGGGUGCAGAUGCAGAGUUUAGCCCCAGGACCAGAUGUCCCCAGAGUCCACAGGUGUAUAUUCUUCUAAGGCAUGUCCUGGUAGCCACAACGCCAUCCAGCGGGCCCAUCCUCCUCCAGAUGGCUCACCUGCUCCUCGGCUCCUCGGAAGCCCUUCCCCAGUCACCCAGAAUAAAGAAUGCUGGCCCACAGUUGUUCCUCAUGGUUUGUUCAAAGGCUCUUAGGG